GCAUAGCGGCGCUUCCGCCUGCGUGAGGCAGCGCCGCUCGCCCGCGCCGGGCUCAGUGAACCCGCGCCUCAGUCGCCGGCCGCGCGGCCGGAUGAGAGGCGCGAUGGAGCUGGAGCCCGAGCUACUGCUGCAGGAGGCCCGUGAGAACGUGGAGGCGGCGCAGAGCUACCGGCGGGAGCUGGGCCAGCGGUUGCAGGGGCUGCGGGAGGCGCAGAGGCAGAUCAAAGAGAGUGCAUCACAGACCAGGGAUGUUCUCAAACAGCAUUUUAAUGAUUUAAAGGGAACUCUUGGGAAGCUCCUAGAUGAGCGAUUGGUAUCCCUUUUGCAAGAAGUGGAUACCAUUGAACAGGAGACCAUUAAACCACUAGAUGACUGCCAGAAGCUCAUAGAACAUGGAGUUAAAACCGCGGAGGACCUGGUCCAAGAAGGUGAGAUCGCCAUUCUUGGUGGUAUAGAAGAACAGAAUGAGAAACUGUGGAGUUUUGCCAAAAAGGCCUCCCACAUUCAGUUGGACAGCUUACCAGAAGUACCUUUGCUGGUUGAUGUGCCUUGUUUGUCUGCUCAGUUGGAUGAUUCAAUUCUUAACAUAGUGAAAGACCACAUUUUUAAGCAUGGAACAGUAGCAUCUCGUCCACCAGUACAGAUAGAAGAACUAAUAGAGAAACCCGGAGGCAUCAUAGUACGAUGGUGUAAGGUGGAUGACGACUUUACAGCCCAAGAUUACAGGCUCCAGUUCCGAAAAUGCACUUCAAAUCACUUUGAAGACGUAUACGUAGGCUCUGAAACUGAAUUCAUAGUAUUGCACAUAGACCCCAAUGUCGAUUAUCAGUUCAGAGUCUGCGCCCGAGGAGAUGGACGACAGGAGUGGAGUCCUUGGAGCGUCCCCCAGAUAGGUCAUUCCACAUUGGUGCCUCAUGAGUGGACAACUGGCUUUGAGGGCUACAGUCUGAGCAGUCGAAGAAAUAUAGCGCUCCGGAAUGAUUCUGAGUCUUCAGGGGUUCUGUACUCCAAUGCGCCUACCUAUUUUUGUGGGCAGACAUUAACAUUCAGAGUUGAAACCGUGGGACAACCAGACAGAAGAGAUAGUAUAGGAGUAUGUGCAGAAAAACAGAAUGGGUAUGAAUCUCUGCAGAGGGAUCAAGCUGUGUGCAUUAGUACAAAUGGUGCAGUCUUUGUCAAUGGAAAAGAAAUGACUAAUCAGUUGCCUGCAGUUACCUCUGGAUCCACUGUCACAUUUGACGUCGAAGCUGUGACUCUAGGAACCACCAAUAAUAAUGAAGGCGGAAACUUCAAGCUCCGAGUAACUAUUAGCUCCAAUAACAGAGAGGUGGUUUUUGAUUGGUUACUUGAUCAGUCUUGUGGUUCUCUUUACUUUGGAUGCUCAUUUUUCUAUCCUGGAUGGAAAGUGUUAGUGUUUUAGUGUUUUGGAUGCUUGCCUCUGGUUUGUAGGGUUUACCAUAGCAUCCUCAGCCUGGUUUAUUUAACUUAAAUUUUAAAAAGUUGAAUUCAUCUCUCAGGCUGUUAGAAAUGGAAAGUGUUUACUGGAUUUAUAUUGUAAUAUUUUAGCAAUAGGAGAAUUGAAUGGUGUGGAAAAAACCAGAAGCCAGUCAAUUUUUUUAUUAUCAUACUGUUAACUAAAAUUUCACAUUACAAUAAAAAUCAAAUGAGCUUUAAAAGUCUGGGAAGAUAUAAAAAUUCCAUACCCUUCUACUGUACUUCUUCUUAAAGUUGUUUGUUAGAAUAGGAAAAUUUAAUGUGACAUCAUUAAUUUUAUGAAACCUCCAUCUGGAUCCAAGGCUAUGCAAAACUCUGGAAUAAAAACAACAGGAAUAGGGCUGGACUUGGUGGUUCAUCCCUAUGUAAUCCCAGCUACUCAGGAGGCAGAGAUCAGAAGGAUUGAAAUUCCAGCCCAGCCCAGGCAAAAAGUUACUGAGAUCCCAUCUCAACCAAACAGC